UGCUCCACUGAAUUGGUUUGUAAGCUUUGCAUCCUUCAGCAUAUCCCCUCCUCCUUUCUCCACAAAACUACCAUACCACUGCACCGUCACACACAGAGAGAGAGAGAGAGAGAGAGAGAGAGAGAGAGAGAGAGAGAGAGAGAGAGAGAAGAGAGAGAUUUUUUCACGGACACGUACCAUGCCAACAUUGAUAUUCAUUCUCUUCUUUCUAUGUACUCUCCUCUCAUACCCAUACCUGAGGAAACAAAAGCAAAGGGCAAUGCUUCCCCCAGGAUCAAUGGGGUGGCCUUGUGUAGGAGAGACUCUUCAACUGUACUCUCAAGACCCAAAUGACUUCUUUACUCAUAAACAAACAAGAUAUGGAAAUAUAUUCAAAACCCACAUCCUGGGUUGCCCUUGCAUCAUGUUGGCUAGCCCGGAAGCAGCCAGAUUUGUGCUGGUGACUCAUGCUCACUUGUUCAAACCCACGUACCCGAAGAGCAAAGAGAAGAUGAUUGGCCCUUUUGCGCUGUUUUUUCACCAAGGAAGUUACCAUACUAACCUCAGGAAGCUGGUCCAGAGCUCUUUUGCUCCAGAAGCAGUUAGGAAAUUGGUGCCUGGUAUAGAAGCCAUAGCCAUUUCUGCCUUGGAGUCUUGGGCCAUUACUAGUGGGCAAGCCAUCCACACCUUCCAUGAGAUGAAGAAGUUCUCUUUUGAAGUGGGUAUUCUCUCAAUCUUUGGUCUCUUGGAUGGAAAAUAUAUGGAAGAGCUCAAGGAGAAUUACUGCAUAUUGGACAAGGGUUACAAUUCUUUCCCCACAAAUUUGCCAGGAACUGCAUACAACAAAGCAAUCUUGGCAAGAAAAAGGCUAGGUGAGAUACUGAGCGAGAUCAUAUGCGAAAGGAGGGAGAAAGACCUGGUAGAGAAGGACCUUUUGGGUCAUUUGUUGAAUUUCAAAAAUGGAGAGGGGCAGACCUUCACUGAGGAUCAAAUUUCGGACAACAUCAUUGGGGUUUUAUUCGCUGCGCAAGACACCACGGCUAGCGUGCUGACGUGGAUUCUCAAGUAUCUCCUUGAUGAUCACAAACUUCUAGAAGCUGUUAAGGCAGAGCAGAAGAUGAUAUAUGAAUCAAAUGAUGGAGGAAAGAGGCCCUUGACAUGGGCUCAAACUAGGAAAAUGCCAAUUACUCAUAAGGUCAUAUUAGAGAGCUUGAGGAUGGCAAGCAUCGUCUCUUUUACCUUUCGGGAAGCAGUGGUUGAUGUAGAAUAUGAAGGAUACUUAAUUCCCAAAGGUUGGAAGGUGAUGCCAUUGUUCAGGAACAUUCAUCACAACCCUGAAUUCUUUGUUGAUCCUCAAAAUUUUGAUCCAUCAAGAUUUGAGGUCUUUCCGAAACCGAACACGUUUAUGCCAUUUGGCACCGGAAUACAUGCUUGUCCGGGGAAUGAACUUGCUAAACUGGAGAUGCUUAUCUUAAUCCACCAUCUUGUUACCAAGUUCAGGUGGGAAGUGGUGGGAUCCCAACAGAGUGGGAUAGAGUAUGGGCCAUUCCCAGUCCCUCGGAAAGGCCUACCUCUCAAGUUUUGGAAAGAAUCCAAUUAAAACACCAAACAAUUGCAUGUGCAUCUAGCUAGCAAGAAGUUUCCAAAUUUAAGAAAUAAUAACAUCCUUACAUUAAAUCUUACAAACGUCCACGAUUGAUUGCAUACAUAUAUGUGCCUGUAGAUUUUUCAAUGAGAAAUAAAGAGAUACAUGCACUACCAUGUGACUCCAUUAUUUCUACAGCAUAAUGUCCCUUGAGCUCGUUCUGGAGGUACUAAGGAGUGUUACUUUUUCACGGGUUAAAUUUUUCAAAGGCAAGCCAGCCACCUUGUGAAUGUAAUG